GUUCGGGAACUGCAAACACGUUUGCAAAGUGUGCAGGCAACAGGCCCAUCCAGCCCAAGUCGUCUCACUUCUGCCAAUCGACCCAUUAACCCCAGCACAGGAGAGCUGAGCACAAGCAGCAGUAGCAAUGACAUUCCCAUAGCCAAGAUUGCUGAAAGAGUGAAGUUGUCAAAGACAAGAUCAGAGUCUUCAUCAUCUGAUAGACCUGUCUUAGGAUCAGAAAUCAGCAGCAUAGGGGUGUCUAGUACUGUGGCUGAACAUUUGGCACAUUCCCUCCAAGACUGCUCAAACAUCCAGGAAAUCUUCCAGACUCUUUAUUCACAUGGAUCUGCUAUCUCUGAAAACAAAAUCCGAGAGUUUGAAGUGGAGACAGAAAGAUUAAAUAGCCGUAUUGAGCACUUGAAAUCCCAGAAUGACUUGUUGACUAUAACACUGGAAGAGUGCAAGAGCAAUGCCGAGAGGAUGAGCAUGCUUGUUGGGAAGUACGAGUCCAAUGCCACAGCCCUCAGGCUUGCAUUGCAGUACAGUGAACAGUGUAUAGAAGCAUAUGAGCUGCUGUUGGCACUGGCAGAAAGUGAGCAGAGUCUCAUUCUUGGGCAGUUCAGAGCUGCAGGUGUUGGUUCUGUUGGGGACCAGACAGGUGAUGAAAACAUCACCCAGAUGCUUAAGAGAGCUCACGACUGCAGGAAGACAGCUGAGAAUGCAGCAAAAGCCUUGCUGAUGAAACUAGAUGGGAGCUGCGGGGGAGCCUAUGCAAUCACUGGCUGUAGCGUGCAGCCCUGGGAAAGCCUGUCAUCCAACAGCCACACAAGUACUACCAGCUCAACUGCAAGCAGUUGUGAUACAGAAUUUACAAAGGAGGAUGAGCAGAGGCUGAAGGAUUACAUCCAGCAGUUGAAAAAUGACAGAGCAGCAGUGAAACUGACAAUGCUGGAGCUGGAAAGCAUCCACAUUGAUCCCCUCAGUUACGAUGUUAAACCUCGUGGAGACAGCCAGAGGCUAGACCUGGAAAAUGCGGUCUUGAUGCAGGAACUUAUGGCAAUGAAGGAGGAGAUGGCAGAGCUCAAGGCACAGCUUUACCUGCUAGAGAAGGAGAAGAAGGCAUUGGAACUGAAGCUGAGCACUCGAGAGGCCCAGGAGCAGGCCUACCUCGUCCAUAUUGAGCACUUGAAGUCUGAAGUGGAAGAGCAAAAAGAGCAGAGAAUGAGGUCUCUCAGCUCAACCAGCAGUGGAAGCAAAGACAAAUUGAGCAAGGAAUGCAGUGAUGGCACCGCAACACAGUUAACACUAGCUGAGCUGAGACCGUACAAUGAGAGUGAACUGACUGCUGAACUGACAAAUGCGCUCAGGCGGGAGAAGAAACUGAAAGCUAGAGUGCAAGAGUUAGUGAGUGCUUUGGAGAGACUCACAAAGAGCAGUGAAAUCAGACAUCAGCAGUCUGCAGAAUUUGUUAAUGACCUUAAAAGGGCAAACAGCAACUUGGUAGCAGCUUAUGAAAAAGCAAAGAAAAAGCAUCAAAAUAAGCUGAAGAAACUGGAAUCGCAAAUGAUGGCCAUGGUAGAGAGACAUGAAACCCAAGUACGGAUGCUCAAACAAAGAAUAGCUUUACUAGAAGAAGAGAACUCCAGACCACAUGCCAAUGAAACUUCACUUUAA